UAAUGCGCCAAGAGAAACGGAGAAAUGACUGUUGUUCCACUUGCGGAACCCAAAUAACUGCAUUAUGUUUCACCGGACACCUUUUUCAGACGGACUUAACGCUAGCUUCGCUGGGUGAGUUAUUAUUGAUUCCAGAGAUGCCCAAAAAGAAAACCGGAGCCAGGAAAAAGGCGGAGAACCGCAAAGAGCGAGAGAAACAGAUCCGAGCCAACAGGGAGCAUGUGGAAGUGGCCAAACACCCCUGCAACGUGAACAUGGAAUGUGACAAAUGUCAGCGGAAGCAGAAGAACAGGGCAUUCUGCUACUUCUGUAACUCUGUGCAGAAGCUGCCUGUCUGCGCUCAGUGUGGUAAAACUAAGUGCAUGAAGGCUUCAGAUUGUGUUAUCAAGCAUCCAGGGAUCCACAGCACAGGAAUGGCCAUGGUGGGGGCAGUGUGUGACUUCUGUGAAGCCUGGGUCUGCCACGGUAGGAAAUGUCUGAGCACCCACGCCUGCUCUUGUCCUCUGGCCGACGCCGACUGCAUCGAGUGCGAGCGUGGAGUCUGGGAUCACGGAGGUCGGAUUUUCCGCUGUUCCUUCUGUCGGAAUUUUUUAUGUGAGGAUGAUCAAUUUGAGCACCAGGCCAGCUGUCAAAUCCUACAGGCAGAAACCUUUAAAUGUGUUUCCUGUAACAGACUGGGACAACACUCGUGCCUGCGCUGUAAGGCCUGUUACUGUGACGACCAUGCCAAGAGUAAAGUGUUCAAACAGGAGAAAGGCAAGGCUCCACCUUGUCCGAAGUGCGGCCAUGAGACCCAGGAGACUAAAGACCUCAGCAUGUCCACUCGCACCUUGAAGUUCGGUCGGCAGGCCGGCGGCGACGACGACGACGACUAUGAGGGCGCGUCCGGGUACGACGCCUACUGGAAGAACCUGGCAGCUGGAGGAAGCCGACAAGACGACUAUGGCGAUGAUGAUGACGACGGCGAUGAGGAAGAGGAGGAUGACGGGUAUGAGGAGGAUGACGAAGAGGAAGAAGAUGAAGGUGAAGAGGAGGAUGAAACUGCCUCGGAGUCUCUGGCUGAGCUGAAGAUAGAUGGCACUGCAGCCUAAAGUAAGACUGAGGAGUUGAUGGUCAGAGUGGAUUUUAACUGAGUGAAAGUCACAGAGUUUGGCAUAAAUACAGAGCAUUUUGCAUUCAAGCAGCCUAAUGUUCUUGUAAUCUUUGGAAGUAGUUUAUAUGUGUGUGUGUGUUUUUUUUUUUUUUAGCUUUACACAUUUUGUUUUUGUCCAGUUCUGGUACCAAUGUGGUAUGAUGAGGAAGUGGAGGACAAACGGAGAAAAACCAUGAACUGUACCAGAAAGCCAAAGUUUACCCAGGAGUGAGGAAAUAAAUAUCAAAAGGCCAAACUGACUAUUAAAAGCUGCAUUCUGCAGUUUGUUGACUAAGAACUAUGAGAUUCUCACAGUUAGGUAGGGUUUAAUAAAAGAACCAUCUAUUAAAGGAUAUUUACAAAUUAACACAUAUAUAAAUAAAUAUAACAUGAUUUUUCCUUAAAAAUAUAGAAAAGCAAAAAUUAUUUUUACUGCUGCUAAAAUAAUCUACAUUUAACUUGCUGCUGUUUUGCCCAUCUAGCAUAACAGGAGUAUAUUAUUAAAUGAUCAAGUUUGUCUGCAAAAUGUAAUAACAUUUCAAAGGUAGGCAGUAUUUAGCAUCAUGUGGGGGAGGGGCACUAGUAGAUUAUUGUAAACUCCUGUACACAAUGGAUUUCUUUUGCAUUGCAUAAAAAGGACUUUACAAAAGCAUUUCAUUGAAAUUCAGGAGCAGAAUUUAGUUUUAAAAGGCAUAAAGCGGCUUCCUCUGCUUUACUUGUUUCUUCUAGGCUCAACCAUCACACAAGGUGUUGCCGUUUUACUGUUAUGACUUUUCUCGUUAAAACAAGAACAUGUUUUGGUUUUAACAAAAUAUAAAACUUUACUUUUUUUUUAUCUCGUUAAAACGUAAAACUUUAUCGUUUCAGCAAGAAACUGUUCCUGAAACGAACACUUCCGUACUUUCAUGUGUAAAAAUGAUACGAUGGGAAAUCUUUUGUAGUUCUUAAUCUGUGCCAGAUCUCUGAAAGUUAUCCAGACUGAAUGGUUACGUAGUUGUGGAUUUUCUUUAACGCUUGAGUAUUAGCAAACAAAAACAUAACUGCCAUUAUGUAGAAAUGACAAUGGUUCCUCCCAUGAGAUUUUUCUUGUCAAAAAGAGUUGUGGGUCAUGUAUACUGGAUUGAAAUCAGGUGAAAAGCAGUCAAAGUCUAAGGAAAAUCUUUUAAGGGCCCUCAUGAAGCCUGAUUGAACUGUUGAUCAAAACCACUGUUAAAGUUGAGAAAGUCUAACUGUUAGAAAGCAUAAAACAACAUAAGAAAUUACUCUAAACUGGUUCUCUAUUUUAAGCUCCUUAUUCAUUCCAGUACUCUCUGGUGACUUUUAGGAAUGUUGUGAACUAUUUUAAACUUCACCCUUCUGCACAGAAUUGAAGGAAUAAAGUUUAAUAUGAAUCUAAAUCAAUAAAAUUGUUACUGAACAUUCUUUAUUUUAAUUCAUUCUCUGAAAUGCUUGGUUUCUAACAGGGUUGGGACUUUAAUUUUAAUGACUAAAUUAUAUAAAUUUAACUCAUUUAAUUGGAUAUUUUUUAACAUACAAAGCUCCUGGGUGGAACCUUUGUAUUUGCGUGUUUCUGGAACACCUGUACAUCUGACGCACAAGUGAUAGCUAAAAAUCGUGAUGGACGACAAAACCGCCGGUUUGGUCCACUGGGAAUAAAUUUUUGCUAAAAACAUUCUGAUGGGAAUAAACUAUUGAGCUAAAAGGUGUUGGACUAUCAGCGAAGCUAUUCAAGCCUAAAACAGCAUCUCAAUGCCAAACAGACAUCCCCAAUGCUAAUGUCAUUUUUUCCAAAGCAGGGGUCCCAGAAACACUUAAAAGCUAAAUGGUUGUAUACAAUAGGUUUAUGAAUUGAGUAUCUUGCUUAAGUUGCUUUUUAUUUAAAAUGUGAUUAAUUGUAAUUAAUUACAGCCCCUGCAAUUCACUGGCAAAAAAUUUUAUUUGAGUCCCACCUCUAUUUUUUAAUAGUUGGAGCUCCACUAGUAAAAUUAUAUGAAUAUAUGAAUUCAAAAUCUCUUGCUGUACUGAGAACCUUGUAGAGAGAUCAGUGGGAAGAUCUCAUGAAGAAUGUUUCCACUAUUGUGUCCAAGGUUUUUGGUAUGGCAUGUGUGGGAGUUUGAUUUCAUCAUGUCUGUUUGUUAUUUUUGUUCAUUAGUAAAAUCCCAUAACAAGAGUUCACUUGUUUUUCCGUCAUUUUAUAGCUAGCUGGAUUGUCCCUACUACAAGGCCAGAUGAAUGUGUCACCCUUCAUGUCUACUAUAACAGAGAACGCAACAUGAGCCUGACGUGCAGCAGGGCUACUUCAGUUCAUUCAGUUCUUUUUGAAACAGCUUAAGGAACUCAUACAGUUGAGCUUACAAAUUUUUUCCCCCACUUAAUUACUUUAAGAUGUGUUUUUAUGAUCUGACUGGCCAGAAGAUUGUGAACUAUUUUUAUGUGUUUUUGUGGCUUUUCUCAUAAGGAUGGAAUUUUUCCUUCAACGUCUCCAUGACCUUUUCCAAUUUAGACAGGAUACACAUGCAGGAUGAUAGUAAUCAGCGGUUUGACUACUCUAAGGGAUGGAGAAGGGCAAUGUUUUUCUUGAAUUAAUUAAGAUUACCUGAAUAAACAAAAUAAAAAAAACACAUUUUCUUCU